UAGGACAGAAGCAAAGCAAAUAACAAUCUAAUUAUUCAAAGAUUAAAACCGCAAGCAACUGAUGGAAAUGACAUAUGACUACCUUCAGUGUGAACGCAGUAACAAGCUGAGAACUCUCGUCAAUUCGGACAGUGAAACAAAACUCGGAAUGACUCAAUCAAUAUCAACGGAUAAAUGUUUCAACAUCACGUCACUUGAUGCAAAAGAUAUACGCUGGCCGACGUCGUUGGGAGCUCACGGAUCCGAUGCUAUGCACACCGAUCCGGAUUAUUCCUGUGUUUACGUUACAAUCAAUACGGCGGAAGGUCUGUUUGGAAAUGGACUAACGUUCACGUUAGGCCGUGGAACUGACAUCGUUUUGUUGGCUGUGAAAGCAAUGAGGACAUUAGUAGAGAAUCGUACCACGACUAGUAUCUACCGGAACUUUGCUCAAUUUUGGCGUGAGUUGACCAGUGAGUCGCAACUUAGAUGGAUUGGACCGGAAAAGGGAGUAACCCAUCUGGCGGCAGCUGCCAUCAUCAAUGCAUUGUGGGAUUUGUGGGGUAAAAUUAGAGGUGUGCCUGUAUGGAGACUGUUAUCGGAAAUGGAUCCCGAGGAACUGGUAUCCACCAUCGACUUUCGCUACAUCACCGAUGCAAUCACACCCGAAGAUGCAAUACGCAUUUUAACCGAGAGUAAUACGAAUCGUUGCGCUCGGAUCGAAGAAAUUGUGUUGAACGGUUAUCCAGCUUAUACGACGCAAGUUGGUUGGCUUGGAUAUAGCGAUGAACAGAUUCGUACAUUGUGUCGCAAAUAUCUAGCGGCUGGAUUUACAGCUUUUAAAAUCAAGGUUGGACAAAAUUUGGAGAAUGAUUUCAAAAGAUGUAAACUGGUUCGACAGGAAAUUGGAUGGCACAACAAACUGAUGGUAGAUGCGAAUCAAAUCUGGGAUGUUGACACCGCUAUUGAGUGGAUGAAACAGUUGAAAGAUUUCAAAUUGUUCUGGAUCGAAGAGCCGACAUCACCCGAUGACAUUUUGGGUCAUAAGAAAAUUGCCGAAGCACUAAAAGAUCAUCAAAUAGGAGUAGCAACCGGAGAAAUGUGUUGCAAUCGCGUUAUGUUUAAGCAAUUCUUACAAGCUGGAGCCUUAGAAUAUUGUCAAAUCGAUUCAGCGAGAAUAGGUGGAGUCAACGAAAUUCUUGCAGUGUAUUUGAUGGCUAAAAAAUUCGGCGUAAAAGUUUGUCCUCAUGCCGGAGGUGUUGGACUCUGCGAGAUGGUUCAACACUUGCAGAUGUGGGAUUAUACAUCCGUUUCGUGUUCAAUGGAAGGAAGAAUGAUUGAAUUCGUAGAUCAACAGCACGAGCAGUUCGUCAAUCCUGCGUUAGUGAAUGAUGCUGCUUGUUAUGUUGCUCCUGAUUCGCCGGGGUACUCCACCCAACUGAAACCGGAAGCGAUUGCGAUGUACGAGUAUCCGAAUGGAUCUGAAUGGGAGCGUAUGUUUCGCGAGGGAAUUUUCAAAAAGCAUGAAUAUUGAUAGCUUUAGGUCAUUAUUCGUUUAUUAAGUAUUAAAAUCGACUCUAAAUUUCUGCGAGCAUGGAGCGUUGAAUGCAUUUUUUCAUUAUCCU